AUGCCCUCGAUUCUCAGCGACGACGACAAGGACACCGUCAAGCGCCACGUGCCCAAGCAGUCCAACAAGAUCCAGGCCGUCGCCGUCGCCAAGCUCUACGUCGCCUACCCCAAUCGCUCGAAAUGGACCUACUCAGGACUGCAGGGCGCCGUUGUCCUGGCCAACGACCUGGUGGGCAAUACCUACUGGCUCAAGAUGGUUGAUAUCUCGCCCUCCAACCGCGGGGUCAUCUGGGACCAAGAAAUCUUCGAUACGUGGAGCUACAACCAGGACCGAACCUUCUUUCAUACGUUCGAGCUGGAAGAGUGCCUUGCCGGACUCAGCUUCGUCGACGAGAAAGAGGCCAAGCAGUUCAAGAAGAAAAUGGACGAGCGAGAAAAGAACGCCAGCCGAGCCACGAGAGCAACGCCCUUUGGCGGAUCGGCUCAUGCGUCGGGAGGCCAGAAGCACGGCUUACUGGGGAACAUCUUCCACCGACACUCGAGCGUCUCCAUGAUGCCGGACACCACGACCUCCAACUUGUCGGGCUUCUCUCACAAUUCCGGCUCUUCUGUCAGCUUCGACGGCGGUUCUGAGUUUGCUCUUCUGGAUGCCUUUGAUCCUAUGUGGCGCGAGCAUUUCGGCCAGGACCUCAGUGACAAGGGAUUGACGGACGAUUUCAUCAAAGACAACCAGGAGUUCAUUGUCGACUUCCUCCGAGAAGAACAGGCCAAGCUGCAGAGCGAAGCAGCGCCGCCGCCUCCUGCCCCGCCCGCACCCCCUGCGCUGCCGUCGCCUUCGACCAACGGCCACGCGGUGAGGGCGCCGCCGCCUCCUCCGCCUGCGUCGCCUUCCGCAAGGAGAGCCGGACCUCCUCCCCCUCCAGCUCCGCGGCGGUCGGCACUCAAAAAGGUGGACCGAUCCAAGAUCAACGAUCGCAGUGCGGCAGCCGUUGGAGGAUCUUCUAGUGCCAGCGCAAGUGCUCCCAGUCUUCCGGCCGGCGGCGGCAUGGCAAAUGCCCUUGCAGCAGCCUUGCAAAAGAGGAAGGACAAAGUCAGCAAGAGCGAUGACGAAGAGGAAGAUGACGAUUGGUAA